CCUACAAUAAUGCUCCGUAGCCAUUUCGGCUCACGCCAUUCUGGACCAAGGCUCGCUGCAGUGCUAGUCCAGAAGACUCCCAAACAGCAAUCAGUUCGUCGCUGUUUGUGAAUCCAGUUGGUUCCUCUGACGACUGGCGGUCUACAAGAUCCCGACGGUCUCGGCACUGCCAGGGUGGUUUCUAUUUGGCUUCCCACUUCCCGUGCGCGCUGCACGCAUGAUGGAGAGCACGUACUCGAGCGCCUCAAUGGAAGCAAGCACGCAGCUGGCUGUCAAGGGCCAGCGCCUCAGGGACUGGUGCGUCCUCGAAGAGUCCCUUGAGCGGCGACAUGGCCCGUAGGCGGUGGUGGAUGGCCCGUCGAUGGUGGUGGAUGGCCCUCCGCUGCGGUGGUGGUCGGCGUCCCGCGCCGUCGCGUUCAAGUGGCGUUCCGGGCAAGUCUUUCCCGAACAUCGACCGGCGCCCCUUCAGCCCUCCAGAGCACUUGGGGACAGGCUCAUUCGAUGACGUUUGGUCAGCCUACGAUUCACACACCAAAAUGAUGCUCGCCGUAAGAUAAUUUACACAGGCUUGAGGUACCUGACGUGGCAGAAUGCGAACAGGAAUCAGGAAGACGAGUUCAUUGCCGCCAUGAAGGAGUGCAGUCUUGUGGUGCAGAUCGUGAAGUUCAAGUCGUCAGACCCUACGGGUGCCAGCCGGAUCUGCGAGUGCUAUGAAGAACAUGUAUCAGAUGCUAAGAGUAUCAACAAGCCCGUCUUCCUUAUCAUGGAGAUGUGCGGGACGUCUUUGACUGGGAAGUUCAUCAAUUACCACAAGCAGCGCAGGUCCACGAAUGUUCCCGGCGCCCGGGAGAUGGCAAAGCAGAUGCUAGAGGGAUUUGACUUCAUGAACUCUUUCAAAACACCCUUGAUCCACCAUGAUCUGAAACCUGACAACGUCGUCAUCACAGACGACGGCGUGAUUAAGGUCAUUAAUUGGGUUCCUAUGGUUUUGGCUUCCCCCAGCAACAGGUACGCGCGGAUAGCGGCAACUCCGCUCUACACCCCACCAGAAUACAGCCAGGGCAGGUGCGCCUGCUCUUAUGCUGUGGGCCUAAUGUACAUGGAGAUGAUCUGCCCUUCUCUUGACUACAACACCUGGUUCCACAGCCGUCCUCGGACCGCCUCCAAGAUAACGAACCUCGUCCGCAGCACAUGCAGGUCGCUGUCCAGCUCGGAGUAAUCCGAGGACGUGGGCCUCAUGGGCCGCAUGCUCAGCUGCGACCCCGCGAGGCGGCCCACGCCCAGCGCUCUGCUCAAGCAGGGCGUCUUCGGCAGCUCCACUUCGUCCGCGCAAGGCGAGGACAUGGAGGUACCAGAUUCCGCUGUGGUGCCCAAGCCCCAAGCCGAUGACGCCUAGGGCCACCAUCUCGAGGGGAAGCAUACCUUCGAUCCAGCGGAGGCCACGCAGCAGAGUGCUCCGACACAGAGCGGUGAGCUUAGGGUCGCCACGGCCCUCGAGCUUCAGCCGCCCAAGGCCUACAGGAACCCUGGCAGGGCGGGCUUGCAGGUGCAGUCGAUUGGCUGCUUCUCAGACGGGUGGUGCUGCGUAGUGGACUUCGGAUAUGUGCCUUCUCCAGUGUGAUAGUGGCGUCUCGGAGCUUGAGGAGUACGAGGUGACGAAGCCCCAGGUGGUUGUGCCAGGUGGUCGGGGAGUACGAGACGACGAAGUGCCAGGUGGCUGUUGUCGUGCCAGAGCACAACUCCUGGGAUUUCACCCACCAAUUCUGGAAAGUUCAGAACUAAUACGAGAGUGCCACAGGUAGGAGUUUUUUUUGUUUUCUAAGGAGAAGAGACGGAGGACUCAGAC